UUGUUUACAGUCAGAUACAUGAACCAAUCAGAGGCGCUGUUGUUAUCCACGCAUGCGCAGUACAUCUGGACGUCUUGUACUUUCAAACAUUAGCUGAAGAAGAAAAGCAUCAACAGCUGAGGAGAGCUUUUACUGGACAGCUGAUAGAUGUAAGAGCGACUCCAGUGUAAAGGAUCCAACACCAUGGCUUCUGCAGCCUCUGCUCCUCCAGCCACCAAAGGCAGCCUGAGGGAGGAUCUGACGUGUGCCAUUUGCUGUGACUUGUUCCACGAGCCGGUCAUGUUGGCCUGCAUGCAUCACUUCUGUAAACCCUGCAUCUCCAGGUACUGGAGAACAACACACGGGCCAGUGACCUGCCCACAGUGUCGCAGGGAGUUCAGCUGCAGGCAGUUUCAAACCAAUUUCCUGGUGGCAGCUAUGGUGGAGAAGGUCAGGGCCACCUCCUCACAUACUUACAUCAAAAACCUUGAGAAACAGCUGAGAGAGUCUUUGGACAACCAGCGCCUGAGGACCGAGGAGCACGUCAGUAGUAUUCGCAGAGGAAAAGACACGAUGGAAACAAUAAAGAGACUUGGAGCAGAUCUACAGGCUCGGGUCAAAGGUGAGUUCAGAGCCCUCCAUCAGAUACUGCACGACGAGGAGACGUGCAUACUGGAACAACUGAGGAGGGAGCAGGAGGAGGAGCUGGAGAAGGUCCAGCGCCACCUGGAGGCCCUCAAACUGGCCAUAAAGGAGCUGGGAGAGAACGUGACAGUGCUGCAGCAGGCGAGCGCCGUCACCGAGAGCAUGGUGUUGGCAGAGCUCCCUCAGCUCAGGCCGUGUGCCACGGUGAAUGCUGCCCCCGAGUUUGAUGCAAAUGCUUUCAGCAGCAAAUACAUGGCACCUUUACAGUACAUCACGUGGAGAAAGAUGUUCCAGUCUCUGAAACCAGGUCCUUCCCCACUAUCAUUUGAUGUGGACACGGCGCAUCCAAGCAUCAAAGUCUCCAGUGAUAAAACGGUGGCUGUGGAAUGCGACACCAUGACGAGGCACGUGGACAACGACAAGCGCUUCCUCCAGUGCGUCAACAUUCUGGCUACGCAGGGCUUCCACUCUGGGCGGCACUACUGGGAGGUGGAUGUGGGCUCCAAACCCAAAUGGGAUUUGGGCGUGGCCUCAGAGUCCAUAGACAGGCACGCCAGGAUCAAGCUGAGCCCAGAGACGGGCUUCUGGGCUCUGCGGCUCCGCAACCGGAACGAGUACUCCGUCUGCACCCAGCCCUGCACCAGGCUGCAGCUCGGCUCGUGCCCAGAGAGGAUCGGAGUGUUCUUGGACUGCGAGGACAGGAGGGUGUCCUUCUACGACGCUGACGACAUGAGUCUGCUCUACUCCUUUGCCAACGGGCCCCGGGGAAAGGUGUUCCCCUUCUUCAGCCCGUGCAUCAGUGGCAACAGUCAGGAACCACAGCCCAUCAAACUCCUCCACUACCCACCCGUCGCCCUGUCUGGUUAACAGUCAGUGUCGCUUUAUGAAGAUCCUGAAAUUGUUAUUUUCAGUAUCACAACGUGAUAAUAGCUUAGCUCACUUGUUACUGGAGAAAUUAUUACAAAUCUAGCAUUUGCACAUUCCUUCACCUCUGUCUCCCUGAGUAACUUAACCAGUGGUUCUCAAAGUGGGGGGCAGGGCACCUUAAGCGGGGCUCAGUCUACUGCUUUUCUGAAAUUUUUUUUUUGUGGUUAAUGGACCUGCUUUACUUUUACAUUCAACAAAAUAAAACGCCUUAUUUCAUUGAUUGCUGCCUAAUAGUUGUGAGCAUUAUAAAACAUUGUAAUCACAUGUUCUUCAGUGGGACUGAAUGUCAUUAAUUAAUGGAUGUAACCUAACACUAACGACUAAUGAGCUUUCCUUGUAUUUACACCGAUGUAACUUCACUAUACUGUCUGCUAUCAUUUUAACUGUAAAUCUCUCAUCAGUGUCUGAACUUCACCAGGAAGUGCACGUGACGGUUAAAUGGUUCUGCACAGAAACAUCAACUGUCAAGUGUUUUUAAUGUCAACAGAAACAGCAACUGAAAUGCUGAGGCUAACAAAAUAAACCAAUCACAUCUUGUAAAAAAAA